UUCUCUUCACAAAUAUAAUUAAUUAAAGGAGCAGUUCCGAUCUAAACUUAAGCUUCUAUAGGUACAAUAGCAAAAAUAGGUAUACAUGGAGAAGAAAGUAUUCUUGUUUCUUGCCAUUCUUGUGACAAUACUCUCCGAGUUUGGGCAUGGCGAGAGAAUAUUAUAUGGCCGUGCUAAAAACACAGUAUUCGGUCAACAUAAUUUACAAACAAGUACUGCAACAACUAAAGAAGAAUGGGAUGAAUUAUUGUCAAUUCCGGAAGUGGACGACGAGGGAAGCGGCGGCGGCUCCUCCACGUAUGAUGAUGAGAUUAGAGGCGGCCUUCCGGGGCAGCCAAGCGGCGGCGGUGGGAAGCCAUUAUCCUUCAAGCAGUAUGGAGGGUAUGUGAAUGUGGACAAAAGGAAUGGGAGAAGCCUUUUCUAUUACUUUGCUGAGGCAAGAAAGGAGCCUCACACCAAACCACUGGUCCUGUGGUUGAAUGGAGGCCCUGGCUGCUCGUCCCUCGGCGCCGGCGCCUUUCUUGAGAUCGGUCCUUUUGGUGUCCAUCCCGACGCCAAAACUCUCUACGCCAGAAAGUUUGCCUGGAACAGAGUGGCAAAUGUGUUAUUUCUGGAGUCCCCAGCUGGUGUUGGUUUCUCUUAUUCCAACACUUCCUCUGACAUUGUUGAAUCCGGAGACAAGAGGACUGCUCAAGAUUCGCUCAAGUUCUUAUUAAAUUGGUUUGAGCGAUACCCACAAUACAAGACUAGGAAUUUCUACAUUGCUGGGGAAAGCUAUGCAGAUUUACCUAUCUAUCAUCAAUUCAAUACCUCGUACUCCCUCCGUCCCCCUAAGAUGUUCUCAUUUUGAGGGGACGGAAGGAGUAUUAUUUUAUAUUUUUUUCUAAUUAUAUUAUCUCUACCCUAAAUAAUCAUCCCUUUUAAUUUUUACCUUUUAGUUAUAUUUUACAAAUUUGGACUACAAAUUAUGAAAACAUAUACAUUUAAUUAUGAUAUAAAAUUAUAUAAUUAAAUUGAUUUUAAAAUUUAGUUUUGAAAUAUCAAAUUUUUCUCGCAUCUACUAAUAUACUUAUGUUUAUAAA